AUGGCAUCAAAUUACUACAAUCAAUCCAAUCGAGAGAUUUCUCAAUCAUCUAGUGUGGCGUCCUGGUCAAAUCAAAAUUCAUCAUUGAAUAGAAUCGAACAUCUAUUUACAAAUCAUUUUACUUGUUCAUUUGAUAAAGAUACUUUACUUUAUCAAUAUGAUGUAGUCAUUGAAGAACUCGGUUCGCGAUCGAAUGAUUGGUAUGAAGUCAAAGGUCGUUCGCGAUGUUCCCACAUUAUGCAAUCAUUCAUUCAUGAACAUCAAUUCGAGCCCAAUGUUCCAGUUUGGUAUGAUGAACAAAAAUGUCUUUAUAGUACAGCAUAUAUAUCUACGCCAGAAACAAAAGUUAGUGAAAAUGGUCGAAAUCGACUUCAAAUCAAAUCAUCAACGGACCCUUGGUCAACCAAUGAUAUAAAUGAAUAUAUGAAUGGUAAAACUGAUGCAUAUCCCCAUGAUGCAAUACGUAUCUUGGACACAUUGUUGAAACGAUCGAUUCAAGAUCGAAUUAAAGUCAUCAAUAAUAAAUGUUACUUUUUCAAUGAGCAAUCGGAAGAUCUUAUGAAUGGUUUUGAACAACGGCAUGGUUUUAUUCAAGCACUGAAUUUGUCUUCAAAUCGCUUAACAUUAAAUAUUCAAACUAAAUUAACAAAAUUUUAUUCUCCACAAUCUCUAUUAGAUUUCAUCGAUAAACAAAUAGGUGAAAGACGAAUUCCAUCCGAUUAUGAAUGCAAACAAUUAACGAGAAUAUUAAAAGGUUGUCUCGUUGUAACGAGACAAUCGAAUUGGAAAACAUCCUAUGAGAUCGUACAAUUCGAUCGUCGACGACCGGGCGAAAUAUAUACUGAAUCCGGUGAUUCUCUAAUUGAAUAUUACGAAAAGAAAGGCUUUACUUUAACUCAAACAGAUUUUCCAUGUAUUGAAGUAUAUUCACAAAAUGGAUCAAAUUCAUCAUGCCAUCUACCAUUGGAACUUUGUCGUAUUAAAGAAUGGCAAGUUUAUGAUGAACCAAUUCCUGAAUUACAGAUGAAUGACGAAGGAUUACCUACACCAGAAAAUCGUUAUAAUGCAAUUAUGGAUACACUUGCUAAAUGCGAUUAUAACUCAUCAUCAAAUUUACUUUGUCGUCGGCUUGAUUUUAAAAUAGUUACAAACGAAAUGUUAGAACUAGAUGCUCGAAUUUUAACCUUACCGGAAAUUCAGACAAAUCCAUCAAAUCGAGCUCGCAUUGAUAAUGGACGCAUUUAUCUCAAUGGAAAUCUGUUCGAACCUAAAUCUAUCAAAAAGUUAGCCAUAGCUUAUUUUGGAACAGAUUACCAACGAAAUAAAGGUUUAGUUAAUAAAUUUCAUUCUAUACUACGCGAAAUGAUGCGAAAUUUCAAUAUCAAUAUACAACAUGUAAAAUUACCUGAGACAGAAAUACCGAAUGAUAUGCACAGUAUCGACGAAUAUGUUCAUUCAAUGCAACAACAACAAUAUACAUUUGUAGUUUGCAUUAUGAAUGCAAACAGUCAAAAUGAUCUAACACAACUUAAACGUUGUAUUAAAACAUGUGGUACAAUCUUAUAUGGUAUUAUGACACAAUGUGCUAUAUUAUCAGACAUGCCUAGGGAUGACAAAAAACUGGGAAAUUAUUGCGAGAAUUUAAUACGAAAAAUUAAUUUUAAAAAUGAUGGCUGUAAUACCAGAGUCAAUUUAGACUUAGCAUUAGGUAAUGCUAAGUCAAAGAAUGAUUCAUUUAUGUUUUUCGGCGCCGACGUCAUACAUCCGACGAAUACUAGUCGUCAACAUCCAUCGAUCGCAGUCAUUGUCGGUUCUGGUGAUUCAUCUUGUUCACGUACAGCUGCACGUAUUUGUAAACAGUAUCCAAAACAUGGGAAAUGUUCAAUGGAAACAAUUCUCGGCAUGGCAGAAAUGGUUGAACAACUAUUGAACUAUAAUCGACAACUCAAUGGUGUCUUACCAAAUAAAAUAGUUUUCUACCGCGAUGGUAUUGAUGAUGGACAAUUUCGUAAAAUCCAUGAUUAUGAAAUACCAGCGAUUCGUCAAGCAUUCACGAAUAUCUAUGGUGACGAAACUCGACAUCCUCUUCUGACAUUAAUUAUUGUAAAAAAACGUCAUAAUACACGUUUUUUUACCUAUAAUCCAAAUCCUGAUCAAUCAUCAUCAAAUGGCAAUUUUCGAAGAACGAGAAGACCACCCCGUGAAACUGAUAAUAUGUCUAUCGGUGCUGUUAUUGAUACGACCAUUGUUCAUCGAAAUCAUAUUAAUUUCUAUUUAAAUUCUCACAAUGCCUUUCAAGGUGUGAAUCGACCAUCACAUUAUCAUGUACUUUUGAAUGGCAUCGGUUUAACGACAAAUCAAUUGCAAUUACUAACAUUUCAUUUAUGCUUUGCCGAUCCACGCUCAUCGGCUGCUGAAGCUAUCCCAUCAGUAGUUCAUCAAGCUGAUAUUGCAGCAUUAAAUGCACGCAAUUUAUUUUAUAAUGAUGAUAAUGAUGCUUCGUCGACAUCUACGGUUGACAGACGUAAUCCUUCAUCACAAAACAUUUCACACACUGAUUGUACUUAUGAAAUACUUCAAGUUCAUGAAACUCUUAAAAAUCGUCCCAUAUUGAGUUGA